GCAUCAGCUGGUUUAAGUUGUCAUUAGUAUAAAUUAUUUUACUAAUAUUUAAAAGCUUUAUAUUCUAGGAAAUAUAUUACGAUAUUCUUAGGAAAUAUAGUUCAAAUAGUUAUUGAUUAAUAACUAAUUAUUGAAAGAGGAAAUUUUCAUAUCUAUAGAAUGAGUGAUACUUUGGAUAAAAGUCUUUACACCUUGCCUCCUGAUCAACCAAUUGUGGGCUUAGAAGUUAAAUCAGCUUUUGAUGGAUUGACUGAAAAGGAAAAAAAUUAUGCCCAUUUUUUGAGUAAAGCAUCCUGGGUUGGGGGCUUAGUAACUUUAAUUCAAACGAGUUUGGAAUCAGGUCCCAUCUUCGUUUUAUUACAUAAGCUGUUUUCAAAACAGAAUUGUAAAGAAUUCAAGGAUGCUUGUCUAAAGAAUGGAUUAACUGAAGAAGAUGUUAAUGCCUUAUUCAUUUACACUUGCGGUGUUUUUGCAAAUGCGGGUAAUUACAAAGGUUUUGGAGACACCAAAAUAAUUCCUAACAUUGAGUGCUCCACAUUUGAAAAGCUCUUGAGAGUGAGCACUAUUUGGUCGGAGCUUGAACCUAUUUGGAAUCAAAUCAAGUCUAGCAUAUAUGAUUUAGAAAAGAGUAGAAGAUGUUUGGGAAUUCAUCCAGAAGGAUGUACCACAUAUCUUUCGAAAAACUGCAAUAAAGAAGACAACGAAAUUGUAACCAAUUGGUUGAAAACUAAUCAUUUGGAACUGUGGAAUACAAGGCUGUUCAAAACGGUAGCAGAAGAUGGAAAGAUAGAGUAUGAGAUCCGCUUAGCUUCGAAAGAAAUCAAAGAAUUGAAAAAAGAGACCAUAGGAAACAUAACCUAUCGACUCACAGCUGGGGAUUACUCACCACUAAUGUCUAAAAUCGCAGAACAUUUACAACAAGCAGUGCCUUAUUCUGCCAAUGAAACCCAGCAGAAGAUGUUAGAAUCCUAUAUUUCUUCAUUCACAUCAGGAUCAUUAGAUGAACAUAAAAAUGGAUCAAGGUUCUGGAUUAAAGAUAAAUCCCCAGCAGUAGAAAACUAUAUUGGUUUCAUUGAAACAUAUAGAGAUCCCACUGGUGUUCGAGGAGAGUUUGAAGGCUUUGUUGCAGUAGUUAACAAGGAAAUGUCUGCAAAAUUCAAUACGCUUGUAUCUGAAGCGGAAAAAUUCCUGCCCUUAUUGCCAUGGAACAAAAAUUUUGAAAAAGACAAGUUCCUCAAACCCGAUUUUACCUCCUUGGAUGUUCUCACUUUUGCUGGUAGCGGCAUACCAGCUGGUAUAAAUAUUCCAAAUUAUGAUGAUAUUCGACAAACUGAAGGAUUCAAAAAUGUUUCAUUGGGAAAUGUGAUUCCUGCCAGUUAUCAAGCUACAGUAAACCCAUUUUUGAGUGCAGCUGAUGGCGAAUUGCUACAAAAAUACAGAAUACCUGCAUUUGAGUUACAGGUUGGUUUGCAUGAACUGUUAGGACAUGGAUCCGGAAAACUGUUGAAAAAGGAACGAAAUGGUUCAUUCAAUUUCCCAUCUGAUCUCGUUGAUCCAUUGACUGGUGCCAUUGUAUCCUCUUAUUAUGAAUCAAGUGAUACUUACGACUCCAAAUUCGGCUCUCUCAGUUCGGCUUAUGAAGAAUGCAGAGCUGAAGCUGUUGGUCUGUAUUUGAGUUUAGAACCUUCAGUCUUGAAGAUCUUCGGGCAUGAAGGUCCAGAAGCUGAGGAUAUUGUUUAUGUAAAUUGGCUGUCUCUUGUGUGGGCUGGUGCUGGUAGAGGCUUGGAGAUGUGGGCGCCUGGUAGAGGAUGGUUGCAAGCUCAUUCACAGGCACGCUUUGUACUGGCACAAGUCCUCAUACAAGCUGGAGUAGUCAAGGUUACUCAACCGGUUAAAGACGAUCUGUUGGUCACGCUUGACAGAACACAGAUCAAAGGUGCUGGAAGGAACGCCAUCGGUCACUUCUUACUUCAAUUACAAACGUACAAGGCUACAGGAAACAUCAAAGCUGCCGAAGAUCUCUUCAAUCACUAUUCCGAGGUAAAAGAGCCUUGGCUGAGCUGGAGAUCUAUUGUUUUGUCCAAGAAACAACCGAGAAAAAUAUUUGUGCAAAGCAAUACAUUCAAUGAGAAUGGCAAGAUCUCUCUGAAAAGUUACGAAACCAACGCUGAAGGUUUGAUCAGUUCGUGGAUUGAAAGAUUCGAGGAACCGGAGACUUUGUAUAGUGCACUUUUGGAUUUAUCUAAAAAAGAUGCCUGUUAUUUUGGCUAAAAAAUUUAUGAAUUUUUUGUUGAUCUUGAAAACGUAAUUUUUUCAGUAAGAGAGUUAUCGAUUUUUCCAAUGUGUGAACAGUUGCAGACGAAAUUUUAAAUGCAUUUAGCGCGCUUGGCGUAUAAUUUUAUAAUUAGUAUUAAUGAAAAUAUUUUAUCCAGUGAUUUUAUUGAAUGAUAAUUUUGUAGCAUGAAUUUUAUAGAUAAAAUAAAAUUAAAAGUUA